UGGGAUUGAUAACUGACAGAACUAGCGAGAGCGCUCGCCCUCUAGGAUAUUGUUUGCAAUUUGUUUUUAUUUAUACCGUAGUCUUUUGGCGCUGAGAAGUGGUUAUGUCAAUGCUUCUUUGCGCCACUUUCCGUACGGAUAAACCGACAUGCGCAAUAUUCAAUCGCUGGUGUUGUUUCAAGAUGUUAUAGUGUCGUUUGCGGGAACUUAUUAUUAUUAUUCGGAUUAUAUUUACGACCUAUUUAAAUAAUUCUGCUUGUGGAAUAUUCAUUCGUAAAUGCAUCGGUAAAGAAAUUUUUGUCGCCAAUGGAGGCUCAGCCACCUCAGUUCGUAGGUCCACCGUGUGGUCAGUAUGGCGCUCACACUUUCUACCGUGGAUUCAGGUACACAAAGGCUGGCAAGAGCCGAGAUAUUAGUUUGGGUGAGUUUUUUUUCGUCCGGAUGUCUGCUGAUGAGGAUCCCUGUAUUGGUGAAUUGCAAUUACUCAGCUCCAACAGGAAUAAUGACCUGCAGUUAUCGGCGCUCCGACUCUAUUUUUUACCGGAACAAACGCCUGAUGGUCGUUUAUCGCAUCAUGGAGAGGAUGAAGUUCUUGUGGCUUCCGAUCGUGUGGUGCUUAAACUGGAUGAUCUUGUCAGCUGGAUUACAGAUGAGGUAGAAUGGAAUCACGGAAUUAUCGCACCCUGUGUGAAAAAACCUGUUGUCAAGAAAGAGGAAACUGAUGAGCCCCAGAAUGACAGCAACAAUAAUAAUACGACAUCUACACCUUCUGAGAACACUGAGAAUGAAAAUUCUGAAACAGGGGAGGACGAAAGUAAGAAAACUUCGGAUGUAAAAGAAGAGGACGUUACAGAAACCGAUCAAGAUGCAGAAGAUGAGAAGGGCACUAGAGUCCUUGUGCUGUCAUAUCAGUCUUAUUUCCGUUAUCGCACAAUUCUGAAACGUUUAGAUGGAAGUGAUCAAACAGAAUGGUUACAGAAUUCUAUUGUGAUAGCUCUUGGUGGUAUAGCUCCACCUAGCCCCAAAACUCGCAUAUUAUUCUGUCGUGACAAUUUUGAACACGAUGAGCUUGCUCAUCAUGAGCUUAAUUGCGAAUAUUUAGCUCCAACAUUAAAAGGAAAGCGAAAAAAGAAGAAAACAAAAAAUACUCGUAGUAUUUCACCUGAAUCAAAUUCUUCAGAGGAGUGUAAAGAUAUUGAAAUCAAGUGUAAUCAAAAAACAAAUGGCUUAAAACAACCACCUAUUAAAAAUGAGCAAGAAUUCCUUCAAAGGUUGUUCAAAUUUAUGAAGAAGAGAAAUACACCAAUUCAUCGGGUACCUCAUUUAGGUUUUAAACAAAUUGAUUUAUAUAUAUUCUACUCAUUUGCACAAAAAUUAGGAGGAUAUGAUAAAAUUACAAAUAAGAAAUUAUGGAAGCAUGUUUACGAUGAGCUUGGUGGCAAUCCUGGAAGUACAAGUGCUGCUACUUGUACAAGGAGGCAUUACGAAAGGUUACUGUUGCCAUUCGAACGAUUCAUGGAUGGCAUUAUAUAUAAGCCAACUCCACGUGGCAAAAAAUCCAACAAAAAGAAACCACAAGAACAGGAGGGAGAAGAUGGUUCAAAAGAAGAAAAUGCCGAUGGCACACCAAUCAAAAGUGAAUCAAAUCUUGCCAUUAAUGCUGAAGCCGAAGAUGCUUAUGCUUUUACAGAUUCCAAUCAUGAAAACAGCAAUAGUAAAGAUAGCAAUUCUAAUGAGUGUAAUUCCAUUGGUGAUGAGCAGGCCCUCAUCAAUGAACCACCAUUUUCUGAUGAAGACAGUAAAACUGUAUGGAGUAUUCAGAAGCCACCUGAUUCCAAAGAUGAAGCCAGUCAGGAUAAAGAUGACAGCAAACCUAUCAAGCCUCUGAUUAUUCAGAAAGGACAAAGUGAAACUUUUGCUGAAAAAGAAAGGAAAUGGGAUGAAAUAAGACGAAAAAAUGCUGCUGCUAGAAAAUGGGUUCGUCAGUCUCGGUCAGGUCGUGGCUGUAAAACUCCAGUACCUGAAAUUCCACCUUUCAAACAAGAGAAACAAGCUUCAAUUGCUGGAGAACCUGGAACUAUGGAAGACCUAGCUUCUUCCUCGCCCAUGAAAAUUAAAUCUGAGAAUGGGGAUCCUAUUUCUGAUCAAGCUUCUAUACCUUGUGUCACAUCUCAGGACAAGCUAGCCCAAGAAAGUAAAUCCAAUCUUUCAUUACUCUCUGGUAAUCAUAACAUGAGCAAGUUCCUUCCUCCAGUUGUUAGUCCUGAAGCACUUAAUGGUAAAACCAAGCUUGAAAUUCACUCACAGAAAAAGCGUCACAUUCUUGCUAAAGAAACACCUUCUCGCCUUUCUUCUGGUAAGAAAACUCCACCAUCUGCUGUUAAAAUUGAAAAUGACAAAUAUGCCAAGUCUUGGUGUGGUUAUCCAACAAAUGCUGAUCCAUUACUUUAUCAAGCAUCUUUAAAUUCAAGAAUGGAUAAUUACCCUCCGGGAUAUGUCAAAGGCCAUUUACCUGCAUCUUACAAUGGUGGUGGAGCUCGUUCUGAACCAGACACUGCUCGUGAUUAUCCUCCUCAGACUGGUAGACAGUCGGUUGGGUCGGUAUCUGCAUCUAGUGUUGUUUCUGUUGAGGCUUGUACAGGCGAUGAGAAACCCUUGGUUCCUCAAAGAAGACCUUCUGUCAUUCAGCAUACAGAAUAUGCUGCCACAUCACCAUCGCCAUCUCUGUCACCCAAACAAGUUGGCUCUGAUAUCAGCAGGAAUGUAUCUCCAAAGGACAGCACACAAUCUGUACCUUUUUCGAGUCCAAAGAUUAAUCUACUCCCUAAUCAGUUGAGUUACUCUAUGACUGGCAAAGUUGCUGAAUGGCUCACUAAAGGAGUGCAUGAGGUAGUUGCUUGCAAGACUCCAUCAUCUGUAGUUGAGAAGAAUGUUGAACUGCAUGACAAAGUGAUGAUGCCUUCCAGUUGCAAAAUGCCAGGAGCUGUUGGAACUGGUAAAGUACCUGUAAAUAAUGUAAAAAGUAAGCAGAGCAGCACCACAAAUUCUCAUAAGUCACCACGAUCAAAGUACUCUAGCUCUCAUCGCCACCGUAAUUCUGAUGGAACUGUUAAUGGUUCAUAUGCAUCUGCUCCCCGAAAUGAUAUCAGAAUCAAUGCAGCACAUCAAAAAAUGCUCCAUCCAGUUCCAUCUCCAUAUUCUGUGAUGUCAGCACCGAGCAACACUCCAAAAUACCAUCCCUCUGUGAAUCAAAAGACCAAGACUGACAUUUAUCCCAAUAGUCCAUAUUACAAUCAACCAAAGCGAUACAAGGCCAACAGCAUUAUGCCCAUUAUGAUGUCCCCAAUAAGUCCACGUCCUUCAUUGUCUCCAUUUGCUCGUCAACAAACUUAUUGCACACCACCACUGAGUGAUAUACCGAAGACAACAAUUUCUGCGCACAAUGACUAUGAUUCUGUUGUCUUGGACCUCAGUGUUAAGAAAAAGCCAACACAUAGUGCACCGCCUCCGAGAACAGUAGCUCCUCCUGUUAAUGUAUCGCCUGUACCUGAGGAAGGUGUGUGUUUGGAUUUGUCAAUCAAGAAGAAACCAAGCAGUGCUGCAAAUGACAAUGGCAUUGAAAACAUUACCCCACCACUUCCCUUAUCUCCCAAUCCUUCAUCACAACCUGUGUCGUACAUGCCAUCAUCAUUAAAACCCCUUCCCACCCUUAUAGCUUUGCAGGACUUGGCAAAUGAAGAAGCUGCACGGCGAGGCUAUACUUCCAGUAAUAAUCGCAUACCACCAAUGACUAGUGCUGGAACUCUACCUGCAGCUGGCCCACCCCUUGUAAUGCCACCUGCAAUGUUCCCUGGAGCUGCUCAUGGCAAACUGCCACCAGCUAUUGUCAAUACUUUACCAUCCGUAGCAUAUUCAAAGGACAUGGCCAAAAAUUUAUAUAUUCCAGGCAACACACGUCAUUCACAGUUUCCCCCUUAUGUGAUACCCCCAUAUUUUCCCUCCAACUGGACUGCAGUAGUCAAUGCAUCCACAGCGAAUGCGAAACAGACAAAUAAUUCUCAAACUAGUCCUUUGGCCUAUAAAGGUAUGGUUAAUCAUAGUGUCUUCCCUAAGGAUUAUCCAUACAAUGUUAAAUCACAGUAUCACCCUGUGCUUUGUAAAGAUAGUGGGCAUUAUCCAUCCAACGAUAAUAAAUGAUUCUAUGUUUAAGGAUUGUAUUUUUAGAGCUUUAUGUAGUGUUAUAAAAAAAGAAUAUGCAUGGAAUAUUUUAUAAACAGACUUUUACUUUCUGCUUGUAAAAAUUUUAAAGUUGCAUCUUAACAAUGUGAAAGGUACAAAAAAGAAAAAAAAAAACAAAAACACAUCCUGAAUUAUUAUUCUUUUGUGUGGCAGCAUUUAUUUUUUCCCUUCAUCCUUUUCUAUAUUAUUUCAAAUAAAAGUGUUAUUGCUUUAAAUUCAAAAUCUUUUAAUAGUCUAUAUUCAAACAUAAUCUAUUAAUUUAUCUGACAUUUGUUUUUAGAAGGCCAUUCUGUUAUUUAAAUACUGAUUGACUAUUUAUGUUAAUAGUGCUACAAUUUAUUAUUAAAUUCUGCAUAAUUGCUGAGUUUAUAUGAAUUUUUUUAAAAUAAAUGUCACAUUAUUAAAAUGUAUCAGUUACCAUAAAAUUAGUGUGAAAAUAAUAAAAGGAUGAUAAAUAUUGAGCAAUUUAAAUAUGAUUUUAUUUAUCCAUAUUAAAAGUUUGUGGGUGAUGAAACUUGAGAAGCACGUAUUUCACAAAUUGCCUGAAUUUAUCUUCUGUCUUUCAUAGUUAUUAUUAAAUAAAAGUUAUUUUUAUUAAAUUGUUCUUAAUUUAUUAAUGCUAUCAUGUGUAAACUUUAAGUAAAGAACAAAUAUAUGCCCAGUUCAGUCAUUGGCAUUAGAGGUGUGCUUUUGUCGAAAAGGAUUCAUAAAUUUGUAUCAGAUUAUGCUUUAUUAAAGAAGUAAGGACAAGGGGAUAAGAAAAGGAAGAAAUUGGAGGCAGGUAGGAUACUUCUUUUUGAUAUUUGAAAAGAAUCCAAAUUAGAAUGUCUUGUUUCCCUUAUUUUCUACAUUUUGCCUUAUUAUGGCAUCUAAUAGCUGACUCUGAAUUGCUGGGAUGCGUUCAUUAAUAUGAUUAAUGAUAGUGGCAAUUAUAUGAUCAAUCUCUAUAGUUUUAUUAGUUGAGGAAAAACGUAAGAUAUGAAAUGGCCUCCAAGAAUUGAUGAAGUUAGCAUUGACAGAUUAUUAAAUGGAUCAAAUUUGAGAAGAUGGAGAAUUAGUACAAGCAAGGAGGCAACGAUAGAGGAGAGUUAUAUAAAUUAUACUUUAAUUAAUUCAUUUAAUUUUAUUUUUAAUUUUCGAGAGAUGCCAAAAUUGAAAUUUGUUCCAAGUGUGAAGGUUUUUAGAGCCAGCCUUGAAUGUUUAUUUAUCAAUGUAGUGAUGAGAAUCACAAUUUUAGAUAAAUUUCUUUUGUUUUUAAAUAUCUUAUUUAUCUUAGAAUAUCUUAUUUUUUGAGAAAUUUUAUAGCAUUUUCAUUUCAAUUAUUAGAAUACCAAAAAUUUAAAUAAUAACAUCAGAUCACAGUAUUUUUUAUUGCUAUCUAAUUGCAAAGCAUAUGUGAUAAAAAUUUUGAACAGAUACUUGUAAAUAAUUCCACUUUUUUUUUUUUUUUUUUUUUUGUAGUAAUCCUCUCUGUACUUUGUGAAAUUUGUUCUUGUGUUGGACUUCUAGUUAAUUUAUUCUAGUACAGGAAGUCUUGAAGAAUUUUGAAAAAAAUGUUAAAUUAAUAACAUGAUUAAAAUAGAAAAUUCAUUUAAUUUACUGCUAUUCUUAUAUUUUUGGUUUUCAGUAAUGAUUUGAAAAGGUACGUCAGCUGAAAGAUGAAAAAAUUUGCAUGUUACGUUGUUACAAAAAGUCAUGAAGUCAAACAUGAAAUGAAAUAAUUUUUUAUUUUUAUUUUAUAAGAAUGGGCUUCUAAAAAUAGAUAAAAUAUAUCUAUUUUUCUUUCUUAAAAUUAUUCCAAAAUUAGUUGUGGCAACUAUGAAUUAUUUUUAUAUGUGAAAUUUGUAUUUUUAUAUUUUUUUUGUUGUUGAAUCACUUUGUCAUCUGUGAACUCAUGAUUUUUGUUUUCAAAAUAAUUUAUAAUUUUUCAAUACAUUUUCACUUUUAAAUCCAUAAUAUUGAUUGUUUUUUUUUUAGAAAUCAUGAGUAAAUGUUGCCAGGCAUUUUCAUCAGCUCGAACUUUUAUUUAAAACCAUCUCAUUGAUCUUUCAUAUCUUAUGAAAAAUAAUACAAAAGGUUGCUAACUUUAAAAUUAAUUUUCCUUUACUUGUAGUUAGUGUUAAUUUUUGCCCUUUCCUGUACUCUGUGCAUGAACUAUUGUUGAUUUUUUUUU